UUUUGGGUUGGAAUUCAAAUUUCAAACACACAAUUUGAAUGAGCAUUCCAAAUCAAUAGUGAAUAAAUUUAAACUUUCUCUUCUAUCCUUGGACGCUGUCUCUCUCGCUAAAAGAAAAAAGAAGGAACUCACGGGUGAUGAAAACAGUAACUGGCAUAGAAGAUAGAGAAUGGGCGUGCUCAGUGCUGCGGGUUGGGAGAGCGUCUGUCGAAGAAAAAAGAAGACGACGACAGAGGCUCCGAAUCUGUUUCCGGCGAGUAGCAAAGAUGAAGAAUAAUAAAUUAGAGGUGGCGGUGACUGUUGGUGCAGCUGCAAGGAGAAAGAAUAGUGGCACGGUGAGUGGUGUUAUUACCAAAGGAGCAGCUGGCAACAAGUUGACCACUUCGGUCAAAAGAAUGGAGAGCUUCGAGAUCCUGUCGUCGGUGGUGUGGCAGAAGAAUAACUUCCCUGGCAAAGCUCAAGGUGUGAACUUUGCUGGCAAGUUGCUCCGGCUGAAGCUGCGCCUGCUAAAGCGAAAUUGCAUGAGGUUAGAAAAAGCAAGAAGCCCCGAGUGAGGCCAAUCAAGUGGCACCCGCAGUUGAAUUGGCGUGGGCUUUAGAGUUUUGCAUAUUAACAUAGACAGAUGCAAAAUGGCCAAAUUUUGGAGUGGUUGAAAGUGGCAAAUUGAGCUGAGAUGAAUGGCAUACAGUCAAUGUCUCUAAGGGAGGCACAACUGCAACGGGAGGUUGAGAGAAUGAUUGCUAAGACAAAUAUGGAGAAACUUAGAGCUAAUUUCCUCUCCGUUGAGUAUGAGACCAAGGUUAGUGGGCUCAUUUACUUCAAAUAUGAAUUGGUUAUAUUUUAAUGGAACCUCUUUCUAUCUGAUUUACAAAGCUAGAGAGA